AUGGCUUCCGGCGCACCACGAGCAUCGGGCCGAACCAGCGCCAACGAUUAUCGCGACGAAAGGCCCCGCGUAUCGACCAACCUCAAGGGCGAGCGCUCCGAUUCUCGCAAGGGUCCUCCUUCGACGACCCAGUCCACUUUCUCGAAUGUUCAUAAACGAUCCGCUUCAGGGAACCCGAGGGCAUCGAGUCGCAAUGAGGAGGAGCGGCGCUUUGAGACGAGGAGGGUGACGGAGCGUACUUUUGAAGCCCACCUCGAGCGUGCAGUCCCGAGAAAUACGAGUCCAGAGCGAUCACAUCGACGAAAUGCGCCUUCAGAGAGCAGAGCUACGUCUAAAGCACCUAGACAUGACACUCCUGAGGCUCGGCAGUCGAGAGCUGAGACUCCACUGGCACCAUGGAACCCCGAAGUAACCCUCCUACCACAUACAACAGCUCCUCUAGCCUCACGAAUAUCAAUACCUCCUCUAGCGUCGACCGUACCUCAAGCUCCUCAACCGAAACCUCUCGGCGAACUGAGCCUGGAGCUACAAGAAGCUGCCAUAGUGGAGGAUCUACUCUUUGUAUUCAUGGGAUAUGAAGGACAGUACAUCAGAUUCGCCAAAGGAUACAAUCCGAACGAGGAGAGAGACAGAUUAUCUGGACCAAGCUUCAGAACGUUGCCUGGUCUUGACCCGAGUCUGCAGGACCUGACACAGUCAAUGCUCAAGAUGGCAACAUAUUAUUCUGCCCUAGAAGCUUUUGUCGAUGUUCAAAGCCGAGAAGAGUUUGGCGCAGUGAACCACGCUCUUUGCGCAUCAAUACGCAAGUUUUUACACGACUAUCUAGUCAUGAUUGCACAGCUCGAGACGCAGUUCCUCACCAGCGACACUUUUACUGUUCAUGUGCUCAACAUUCAUACCAUGUCUACGAGCCAGAUGAUGUUACAGUUGUACUCACUGGCUCAUGAACUACUUAAAAAGAAUGCUCUUCUCGAUGAUGAAACCGAUGAAUCUGAAGAUAGUGCUGAUGAUUUCGAGAACAUCCUCGAGACACUUCGAGACGGGGGCGAGUUGGUACCAGGCAACAUGACAGGCAAGAAGAUUUGCAAAGGGGGCGUGGUUCUUGGUCUAAUCACAAAACGUCUCGAAUCUUUAUCCGGCGACCCUUCAGCUCGAGCGUUGUUGACGACGUUAUUGCGGGACGCCAGCAAACCUUACAUGGUUAUGCUCAACGAAUGGCUUCAUCAUGGUGGAAUUCAUGAUCCUCAUGCCGAGUUCCUCAUCAAGGAACAAAAGAGCAUUAAACGCGAGAGAUUGGAACAAGACUACACUGAUGAAUACUGGGAGAGAAGAUAUACAAUACGGGACCAUGAUGUUCCUCCACAACUCGAGGGUGUCAAGGACAAGGUUCUAUUAGCGGGCAAGUAUCUCAACGUUGUCCGCGAAUGUGGUGGCGUUGAUGUGAGCAAAGUCUCAAAAGACGCACCAGCUUCUUUUGACGACAACCGCUUCCUCGAAAACGUCAACAAUGCUUAUGCUCAUGCCAACGAAUCUCUCAUGCAACUCCUCCUCACAGCCCACUCUCUACCCGCUCGUCUACGCUCCCUCAAGCACUACUUCUUCCUCGACCCCUCAGACUACUUCUCCUAUUUCCUCGAGCUGGGCGCUUCAGAGUUGCGCAAACCCGUCAAGUCUGUCAACACCGGCAAGCUGCAAUCUUUACUGGAUCUUGUCCUGCGUCAGCCCGGCAGUCUUGUCUCUCUUGAUCCGUUCAAGGAGGAUGUCAAGGUCGAAAUGAAUGAGAUUGUUCUCACAAAGGCCCUGCAGCGUGUUGUCAAUAUCACGGGUAUCGAGCAGGGAGAGGCGCUCCAGCCUGUUGCUAACCAGCCUAUUGAGAACGAUAAGAACGCUGUUGGUUUCACAUCCCUGCAACUCGACUACUCCGUUCCUUUUCCUGUCUCGCUCGUCAUCAGCCGAAAGACAGUAUGGCGAUACCAAGCACUCUUCCGUUAUCUCCUUUCACUCCGCUAUCUUGAAUCGCAACUGUCGACUACAUGGCAAACGCAGACUCGGGGUAUCAGCUGGGCACACAAGGGUGCUUUGCGAAAACUCGAGAUCUGGAAGCGACGUGUUUGGACUCUUCGUGCGCGUAUGUUGGUAUUUGUACAACAGCUCCUCUACUUUUGUACGGCUGAAGUCAUCGAACCAAACUGGAACAAGUUCAUGUCGCGUCUAAAGACAAAGGAUGAGCCCGUGGACUCGAGCUUAGGGGCACCAACACGGACUGUCGAUGAGUUGAUGCAGGAUCAUGUCGACUUUUUGGAUACCUGCCUCAAGGAGUGCAUGCUCACCAACAGCAAGCUUUUGAGGAUCCACUCCAAACUCAUGCAGACAUGUACCAUCUUCGCUGCCUACACAAACUGGCUCACCCGUGAGCUCGAAAAGUCAGACCCAGAUCUUUCAGGCAACAACAAGCCCCCUACCAUGACAGCAGAUCAAUGGAAGCGCUUCCAGAUGACAAAGACGGUGCAACGUGGCUCAACAUCAGCUCAUCAUGACACCUCUGCUGCCUCGGCUGGUAAUGCCGAGGUAGAUGCUCGCAUUGACAAUCUGUUCGAGAUCAUUCGUAAAUGGGAGGGCAAUUUCAGUCGACAUCUGCAGAUCUUACUCGAUGCACUGAACCAUUAUGCUGCUACCGAGACAGUAGUCUUGUUGAGUCUAUGCGCGCGCUUGAGCACUGCGAAUCAGGGGACAGAGUAUGCUGGACUACGGCAGGAGGACGAGUCAACUUAG